ACAUACAGAAAGUAUGAUUGAGUAUCCUCUUAAUGUUUGGCGCUGACUUGUUUUGUCGCAUAUCGCCAAAGCGUUCGCACAUCGCCAUUUAUGCACAAUUAUCGCGCGCAGAACUAAGUGGGAGAUUUGUUGAUUGCGAGAAUAUUGCAUCGAACUAAUUGUCCCAAACGGAACCAAAGAGGGAUGACGCAAACGAGGAAAUACUACAGUGAGUGCCACGUUGCUGAAGAAGAUGCAUUCCUCAUUUGUGAAAGAUCUAUUUACAACUGCGGUGUUCGCGCAGUUGAUUAACUCAAGAUAUACGUAUAUCUUCGCGUUCAAUACUGUAUACGACUGAUAAGAAUUGAAUUCUCGGGCCGAUGUUAGCGUCGCGGGUCUCCGUCACAUACUCUGUUGUACGCCACGAUACGCGCUGGUCAGCACGGUUUUGUAUAGCCAACCGUUCCCUCUAGUAGACCCACGAUUGCCCCAACGAGGGACUAUUGACUAUCGAAGAGACGUCAAACUAGAGGAAAGUCACGACCGACGAAAGGACACCACUUUUGUCAGCAAGUGGUCAAAUCAUGUCCGUUGAAAAGAUUGGUAUUUCACAACAGACUUUGGUUUCUACUGAUAGCCUUGGUCGGGCUAAGAGGCUCCCACAAUAUCUGGCAGGCAUAGCAGCAACGCUUGGCGCUCUUGCUGCUGGUAUGGUGCUCGGUUGGACAUCGCCUGCCGGUGAAAAUGGUGUCAAUCUGGCAAAAAAUUAUGACAUAAAAAUAUCCAUCAUUGAAUUUUCCUGGAUAGGAUCACUUGCUACUCUUGGAGCAGGUGCGAUGUGCAUUCCCAUCGGCAUAAUAGCGGAUUUAAUUGGAAGAAAAACUGCCAUGUUAAUCAUGGUAGUUCCAUUCACUAUUGGUUGGCUUCUGAUUAUCUUUUCAAAUUCAGUACUUAUGUUCUACUUUGGUAGAUUUAUUACCGGCCUCAGUGGUGGAGCCUUCUGCGUAGCUGCUCCCUUAUAUACGGCAGAGAUAGCUGAGAGUGAGAUCCGUGGUACGCUUGGCUCCUACUUCCAAUUGAUGCUCACAGUAGGUAUCCUGGCCUCAUACGUUUUUGGAGCCAUUAUCGACAAUAUGAGGACUCUAUCGAUCAUUUGCGCGGUGAUGCCGCUGAUUUUCUUCGGGAUAUUUUUCUUCAUGCCAGAGACUCCAGUGUAUUAUUUGAAGAAAGGUAAUGAAGAGGCCGCUAGGAAAAGUUUGAUCAAGUUUCGUGGCGAUGAAUAUAAUAUCGAAGCCGAGUUGCAGGCGCAUCGUGAAGCGCUUGAAGAAACCAGUGGUGGAUCAUUUUUUGAUUCAAUCAAAUCUCGGGCCGCCAAAAAAGGCUUUAUCAUUGCUUACGGAUUGAUGCUCUUCCAACAAAUGAGUGGCGUGAAUUCUAUCAUUUUUUAUUCUUCGGAUAUCUUUUCCGAAGCCGGAGACGCUAUUUCACCCAACAUAGCUACCAUCAUUGUGGGAACAGUGCAAGUAGUAUCAGUUUUUUUUGGUACUCUUGUUGUUGAUAAACUGGGCAGGAGGCUCCUGCUUCUAAUAUCAAUCACAGUAAUGUUCCUGAUGACUCUGCUUCUUGGGGUUUAUUUUUAUUGUCUUGAUCAUACCACGGCUUUCAAUAAUAUUACAUGGUUUGCACUUAUUCCGCUGUGCACCUUCCUUAUAGUAUUUUCCGUGGGUUUUGGACCGAUCCCGUGGAUGAUGAUGCCAGAGAUCUUUGCGCCAGAGGUGAAAGGAAUUGCUGGGAGCAGCGCCUGUCUAUUCAAUUGGCUUAUGGCUUUUAUAGUCACCAAAUUUUAUUCUGACAUGAAGGAAGCUGUACAAUCCUAUGGCACUUUCUGGAUAUUCUCCUUAUUUAGCGCCGUUGGCACUCUAUUUGUUUACUUUUUAGUUCCGGAAACAAAGGGUAAAACAUUGGACCAAAUACAAAGGGAGUUGAAUGGUUGAUCAAGAAUUGACUAGAAACUUUGACAAGC